CUCGCAGUCUCCUCUCCGCAGUUGCAUGCUGCACCGCAGUUGGUAACUUUUGACCGCAAGGUUUUGAAUGAGGAUCGAGGCGCACGCUACUUCUAUCCAUCCAGAAAAGUGAUUUAUUAAAGGACUUUUCCGCUGACUUGAUGAAUGACUUAGAAGGGUUCCCCUCAACAUGAGGGCUUGUAAGUGAUUUUUGGAUAUUGAUUACAGGGCUGCCUUGCUGUUAAGACUUCCAUAUAUUUUUUGUCUGAGUUUCGGCGACCCGAUAUUGGCGCAAUUACGCACGGAGUGGCGCAAUGGCACAUAUUCUGGACAGGCGUGCGCCGGUUUUACUCUUGGUGUUGAGCUACUGCGUGCUGGCGGAUAUAACCUUUACGAACUUCACCUUGGACAAUGAGUUCCACUCAAGUUUCAUCCACCGCCGGCUGAAGAGCCAGGAGCGCAAGGAGAUGCAGCGGGAGAUCCUGUCGAUCUUGGGGCUGCCGCACCGGCCGCGACCUCACCUCCACGGGAAGCACAACGCUGCCCCGAUGUUCAUGCUGGACCUGUACAACGCCAUGUCUACGGAUGGGGACGAGACGAGAUACUCUUACCCUUACAAACCCAUUUUCACGACACAAGGCCCACCGAUUGCCAGCCUGCAAGAUAACAACUUCUUGAAUGACGCUGACAUGGUCAUGAGCUUUGUGAAUUUAGUGGAACAUGAUAAGGAAUUUUUACCUGUGCGACGGCAUCAUCGAGAGUUCAGAUUCGAUCUGUCGCGAAUCCCAGAGGGUGAAGCCGUCACCGCUGCCGAGUUUCGUAUUUUCAAAGACUUCAUCCAUGAAAGCUACGAUAAUGAGACCUUCCGCAUCAGCGUCUACCAGGUGUUGGAGGAACAUUCUGACAAAGAAUCAGAUCUCUUUCUGCUAGAUUCCAGGGUGAUCUGGGCAGCAGAGGAGGGUUGGUUGGUAUUUGACAUCACAGCCACCAGUAACCAUUGGGUGCUGAACCCCAGCAGAAACCUCGGCCUGCAGCUUGCCCUGGAGACCGCAAACGGAGAGAGUAUUAAUCCUCGUGUGGCUGGGCUAAUUGGUCGCACUGGACCUCAGAGCAAACAGCCCUUCAUGGUGGCCUUCUUCAAAGCAACUGAAGUGCACCUGCGUAGCAUCCGCUCGGCUUCUGGAGGGGGCAAACAACGCAACCCCAACCGGUCCAAAGGAGCAAGGAGCCAAGAGGCUCUCAGAGUGGCCAAUGUUGCAGAAAACAGCAGCACUGAUCAGAAGCAGGCGUGCAAGAAGCAUGAGCUCUACGUCAGUUUCCGUGACUUAGGAUGGCAGGACUGGAUCAUUGCUCCAGAAGGAUAUGCUGCAUAUUACUGCGAGGGAGAGUGUGCCUUCCCACUCAACUCCUACAUGAACGCCACAAACCACGCUAUUGUACAAACACUUGUACAUUUUGUUAAUCCUGAGACGGUUCCCAAACCAUGCUGUGCACCGACACAGCUCCAUGCCAUUUCUGUGCUCUACUUUGACGACAGCUCCAAUGUGAUCCUGAAGAAGUACCGCAACAUGGUAGUCAGAGCUUGUGGCUGUCAUUGAGCCACCAGCAUCUUCACAGGGAUGCACAUAAUACGCACAUAAUGAGAGGAGAAUCAACAGGGAGCUCAUUUAAAAUGCUGCAGGAUAGCAGAGUAACUUGUGCAUUUCGUGUAGACACAUUAUUGUGAGGCCAAACAUUUAAAGGGGCAAUUCAACUCUGAGUCUUUUUAAAACAAAAAUAAACAUGUAAUUCCUGGCUAUACUGUCAUUUUAAGUAGCAAAUGAGAAAGACCAUAAGUAAAAAAUGAAGCAAAUAUUUACAAAGCAAAUUCAACUUAAAAAAAUGAGUUAGACCUCAGAAGAUGUUCAUUCAGCUAUUUAUUUUUUAAACAAAAAUGAAAUUAUGAUCACUACUUAAAUUACAAAUAUAUUUCCUUUGUUCUUUACUGUUUUUCACUGAUGAAAAUCAAUAUUAUUUAUCAAUUAAUUCUUUUGUUAAGAAAUUUGCAGAUCACCUCUUCUCGUCACCUCCUUUUCUUUGAACUGUUUUAAUCUGAAACUGUUAAAGGCUGUUUAUUUGUCUGCCAUAUCACUCGUUAGUUCUCUUCCGUAUCUUGUUAAAUACUGUGGACAACCCGCUGUACCAACACAGAACUUUUUUAAUUUAAAAUUCCAUUUGUACUCAGUUUAUUUUCACCGCCACAGGAUAAAGUCUUAACAAGCCACAGAGAUGAAGCAGCAAACUAAUGUCCUCCUUUGUGAUUCUCCAAACAAGAUACAAUAAAGAUACAAUAAAGAGGGACAGAGAGCAAGUCCACUUGUGUGCUUUCCUUUCAAAUCUUCACAAUUUAUUUGUUUUUUUCUGUCUUUGCUUGCUACCAAGAUGCUACAACUUGCUAAGGUCUGCAAGAACUUGAUGCUACAGGUUCAUAUUUGAAUAUGCAGAAGUACAAUGUCAUGAGUUGUAAAACUUUAUCUUAAAAAUAAUUAAUCAAACCAUUUUACCUAAUCUGAUCAGCUUUCUAUUUUAUUUAUAUCUGUGAUCUUUCUUAGUUUUAUUUUUCUUAUAAAGCUGAAUGAACAUUCUCAAAAAACGUGAACUUCACUUUUAAGUUUGAGGCUAAUGAGAAUAAAUUACUUACUUUAUUUGAAGGUGGACAUUUCCUAAUAUGACUUCUUCCCAUAAAUGCACAUCGACAUACAAACACAAUCAUGUUUGUGCUUUCUACUGUGUGUACAAGACACAUAAAGCAUAGACUGUACUGUAUAAUCGUUUAUUCACCAGCAACCAUGUGUUAUCUUAAUGAUUAUGAUAACCAUUGUAGUUUAUUAUGUUUACCGUAUAUAAGAAUAUGUGGCUGAUAGAGGAGGAUAGAGGACUCUUUAUUCCCUCAAUGUACAAUACUGUGUAAAUAUUUUUUUUUUCCAAAAAAACCAAAACAAAAAAAGACAAAAAGCAAGUGUAUUUAUUUUCUGCAUUACGAUUUGGAUUUGUUUAUUUUAUUUUCCUGUAUAAAAUGCUGUAUUAUUUUUUAACAUAAGCAUUGCCUCAUUUAUUAGGAACAUUUUUAGAAAUACAAAUAGCUGUUUCAAGCAUCUUUUUCUGUGUGCUCAACAUUUUCAGGUUUGUAUUUCUCUGCUGUAAGACAAUCUGUUGUAUUUAAAAAUAAACACCUAUUUAUUGAGAGCAGGCUAAGCUCUUCCAAAGUGGGUUCCAAUUUUUCAACUGUUUGACUGCAGAACUGUCACAAUAAAAUUAGACAA